AUGGGAGUGCUAUACCUUUUCGUACGUGACGGAAAAGUCUUCAUCCCUCCCUCCUUUUGGAAGGUUUCCUGGUUCAGUGCAGGCGGCAGCUCCGGGGUUCGGCUAUCCCUCAGCCGGCUGUCUGUUUGCGUCCUCGCCUUGUGGUCUCUAGGCGCCAUCAUUUUUUACGAGCUCGAGCAAGAGUAUACGUGCGAGGAUGCAGGUGAAACUUUCAAGAGCGCUCGGGAGUGCACCAAGAAGGUCAAGCUGUUCGAUGCGUUUUAUUUCGUGUUUAUCACACUCACUACCAUCGGGUAUGGCGAUGUCGUGCCGUCCAGCGUCUACAGCAGGUUGUUUGUUCUUGUGUUCACCCUCCUUGGCCUCGGGCUCUUCAGUACCUUUCUGGAUGUCAUGGGAGCAUGGCGAACGAGCAUGCUCCAGCAGCUCAAGCAAAGCGCUUCCUUCGGCGACUUCCUUGAGGCCACCAUCGUCCUGCUGGUGGUGCUGGGUGCUGGCACGAUGGGGUUGAGUUGGAUCGAAGAUCUUGAGCUAGUGGACGCGCUGUACCUGUGCGUUACAACCGUGACGACUGUGGGGUAUGGUGAUCUCAAGCCUGUAACAUUCUGGGGGAGAGUGUUUGUCAUCAUGCUUGCCAUCACCAUCGGGUAUGUCACUUCAUGUAUCGGAGAUCUCAUCCAACCGGAUUCAGACACUGCCAUUGGAUUUGGUGGAGAUGAGACGCAGUGGAACUUGUCAUUUCUCGAUCGCUUCUUCGGCAGGAAACUGAUUGGUCUCUCAGUCAUGAGAUACUUUGAGCCUCACAUGAGUUUCACCGAUUGCUUCUACUGGAGCGUGAUGACAUUCACUACUAUCGGUUACGGAGAUUUUGCACCUUUGUCGACCGGAGGGAAGGUAAUAGAACUCACAAACCAGCUGAACAUGUCGACUGGAGUGGAUGAGCUGGACUGUUGCCUGCUGGCUUGUUUGAGCAUCUCCGUUGUCGGCUUCGUGUCCUCAACUAUCGGAGAUUUGAUCCAGGAGACUCUUUGUGCUGAUUGGCGCAAGGUGAAGGAUUCCGACAAGAAAGAUUAA